CUACAACCAACCACCCCGGCUAAAAUCAUAGAACUUCUACCCCACAUCCUCUCCAACAGAAUUAUAUACGACCAAGAAAAUGGGCCUCAUCGACUUCCUCAAAGAGAUCCUCCGCCCGGGCAACGGGAUCGACUACCCCCAGAAGGGCGACAUGGUCACCGUCCACUACCACGGGUAUCUGCAUGAUCCGACGCGGUCGUGGGGACGGGGAAGGCGAUUCGACAGCAGCAUCAAGCGCGGAUAUCCGUUUACGUUUCAGCUCGGGAUGGGGACGGUGAUCAAGGGUUGGGAAGUUGGGAUCCUUGGGAUGAGUCUGGGUGAGAAAGCGCUCUUGACUUUCGGACCGCACUAUGGGUACGGGGAGAAGGGCGCCCCGCCAUUCAUCCCCGGAAAUGCAAAUCUGGUCUUCACGGUGGAAUUGUUAGCGAUUAAUGGACGGGGGCUGGACUCCGGAAGUGAUUCAGAGUGAACAUAGCCCUUGCAGACGCGUGUAUGAUAUGUUGACUUGAACAGUCAAAGG